AUGAGCGGGAUCGGCUCGGGAUACGACCUGAGCACGACGACGUACUCGCCCGACGGACGCGUGUUCCAGGUGGAGUACGCGGGGAAGGCGGUGGACAACGGCGGGUUGACCGUGGGGGUGCGGUGCGCGGACGGAUGCGUCAUCGCGUGCGAGAAGCUCGUGCCGAGUAAAUUGCACACGCCGGGGACGAAUCGACGCGUGUGCGCGGUGGCGCGACACGCGGGAAUGGGCGGGAGUGGGUAUAACCCGGAUUUGAAGGCGGUGCGAGACCGCGCGCGAGCGGAGUGCGCGCAGUACAAGUCGUUUUACGGCGACGCGAUCCCGGCGAAAGUUCUGGCCGAUCGCAUGGCGCAUUAUUAUCAUCUGUUCACGCUGUACUGGAGCGUGCGCCCGUUCGGGUGCUCGAGCGUGCUGGCGGUGAAGGAUUUCGACGGCUAUCACUUGUAUCUCCUCGAGCAAAACGGCGAGUGCGCGAAGAUGAAGGGCGCGUGCGUCGGUAAGGGGAAAAGCGCGGCGAAGACGGAGGUUGAAAAGUUAAAUUUUAGUGAAAUCACGUGCGCGGAGGCGGUGAAAGAGUUGGCGCGCAUCGUGUACGCCACGCACGACGUGAAAGACAAGGAGUUUGAGUGCGAGUUGAGCUGGAUUUGCGACGCGAGCGACGGCGAGUUCGUCCGCGUGCCCGAGGACAUCGCCGAGCCCGCGCGCGCGGCCGCC